CGUCUGUCACCUGUUCUACUCUAUUCAAUUCGAUUCAGUCCAGUUCAGUUCAAAGCAGGCAGGCGUCAGGGAGUUUCACUUGGCAUGGGCAUGGGCUACCAAAUGGAGCACUGGAUCAUCUCACUCCAUUUCCGUGAAAAGCAAGCUCUCCUCAGCCAGCCUAGUCAUCCUCACCUACAAAGGACCACCUGCAUCAAGCAAACCUCUUCCCAGAUCGGAAAGGCCUAAUUUCUAUUUCAUCUCAUGGCUCCUGCUUCUGCUUCUCCUCCGGAGCAGAAGCCCUUCGCCUUCACAAGUCCAGUCUCUUCAGAAACCCAUGACGACGCACUCGACUUCGACUACGGAUCUUGGAUCGAGCGAUCCAAGAUCACCAACCAGUACUCCAACCUGUGGCCCGACGACGCAGAGGCACACGCGAUCAGCAGGCACCACCGGGAGAUGAUGCUACGAGCGGUGGACAGCCUGCCUGAAGAAGCCUAUGAACUGUCUCUGCGAGACCUCAGCGAGCUGUCUCUGUCUAGUAGGGCCACAACCACGGACGAGCCAGCAUCGAGCGGUUCGUUCAGAUUGAGCACCGCGAGGAGUCCUUCCAGCACCAAGCCCUGGAGGAAGAGGACCCCCUCUAUGGAGGGGGCAAGCUUCAUCAUCAAGCUGUUCAUGCCUUCGCCAUCAAGAGCUGCUGCUGGUGGUGGUGGGAGGAGGAGGAAGAGCUUCUCCAAUUCAAUUGUGCCAGCCCUGCGAGAAAAUAAUGCGUCAGUCAACGAUAGUUCCAUGGAGAAUGCAGCUUCUGGGACGGUAAUUGACCUUAGCUCUACACGCAGCCAUAGCAUGCUAAGGAAGAACCACCAAGACACUACCAACAGUGAACAAACUUGCAGGAAAUCAAUGGGCUGCUAUCCAUUCUUCAAUUCCAGCAAGUACAGAGUGAAAAGGGAAGCCGGUGGCCGCUUGUGCAUCUAGAUUUCUGAUGGAGGCUGGAGAUCAAUCAUUAGGGAGGGGUGUCUGCACAUAACCAUAAUGACCUUAGUUAGCAGUUACAUUCCGUUCCAAGUUGCUAAUAGCGCAAAAGGCUGCAAGAUACGUGGACUGGUACAUAAAUAAGGCACGCAUGUGUUCGAACUUGAUAUGCUUGGUUUCCAAGAUUAAUGCAUGAGUUGUCCACCACGAGCUUAGCCCAUCAAA